UCUUCCACUGCCCUAUAAAUGCCAGAGUGCUCCCUCCUCCCCUGCUCAAGGGUUCUGGCGUUGUGGCCCUGUCUCCACUCUGCAGCUGAGACCUUCCACCAUGAAGCUCUUCUCCUGCCUCAUGGCUCUCCUGCUUUUCCUCCUCCAGGCUGUUCCAGGUCUCGGCUUGCCCAGAGACACCUUGCACUGUCUGGACCACCACGGCUACUGCUUCCACCUGAAAUCCUGCCCAGAGCCGUUUGCUGCCUUUGGAACUUGCUACCGGCGCCGGAGGACCUGCUGCGUUGACACGACAUCCAACUUCCACCUCUGCCAACAUGAGGGGGGCCACUGUGUGUCCCCAGAAAUCAGAUGUCUGCAGGAGCAAGAGGGACUCUGCCCUCGCAGAGGAUGGAAGUGCUGCACAGAAUUGUGACAAAGACCUCGUGGGAUUGCAGAAAACCAUGGAAAUGAGCAGCCAAGAAAGCAAACAAGUUUUAUUCCAAGUGUUGUAGAGGUGUCUGGUGUUCUCCACAUGCAAAGUGUGUCAUUAACUAGAAGUGACAUGUUUCUUUAUAUAAAGAAGGCAAUAAAGGCUAAAUAACCAAG